AUGUCUCAACCAGAACAAGUACCAGACGUGGGAGAAGUAGCAGACAAACUUGUCUCAGAAUGGGAUAGACUCAGAUACGUCCCUAAGGCAGGAGACCCUGCACUCCCACCACAACUAGCCGAAUUCACAUCUAAAUCUACCGAUCAAAUUAUGACUGAAUUGAACAGACUUCCGUUCUUCAUGACCAAGCUUGACGAGACCGAUGGUGAAGGCGGAGAAAAUGCCGAGCUUGAAGCCCUUCGUAGUUUGGCUUAUGAAGGAGAACCUCACGAAAUCGCCACUAACUUCAAGAACCAGGGCAAUGAUUGUUACAAAGUCAAACAAUACAAGAAUGCCAUUGAGUAUUAUAACAAGGGGUUGGAAGUUGAGUGCGGAAGAAAGGAUAUCGAAUCAGCAUUGUACUUAAAUCGUGCUGCUUGUAAUUUGGAAUUAAAGAAUUAUAGAAGGUGUAUUGAAGAUUGUAAGAAAUGUUUACUUUUGGAUGAUAAGAACAUCAAGGCUUGUUUCAGAUCAGGUAAAGCAUUCUUUGCUAUUGAGAAGUACGAUGAGGCAUUACAGAUUUUACAAUACGCAUUAAGUAUAGACGGAUCUAAUAAAGAUGUCAAGGCAUUGAUCCAACAAAUUGAAGCCAAACAAGACCAAAUCAAACAAGCCGAAUUGAAACGUGCCCAAAAGAAACAACAUGAAGAAUAUGUUGCUAGCAUUCUUGAAAACUCUAUAAAAUUACGUCAUUUUGAAAUCAUCAAAACUUCUAAACCAGCGGAAGUAUUGACCAAUUCCAAAAUACGAUUGGAAGAUGAAAAAGAUUACCAAUCCCAAUUAAUCUUCCCGGCUAUGAUUUUGUAUCCAACCAUUGAUGAGUUUGAUUUUAUUGAUGAAAUAAGUGAAUUAACAACUCCAUUGGAAUUACUUGAAAUGAUUUUGAAUAGACCUAAGGAAUGGUUUGAUGAUCCAAAACAUGAAAACUUCACCGUCAAGAAUUUACAAUGUUUUAUGGAAACUACUUCAGGUGGUCUUGUGAAAGUUGGUAAGAAAAUUGAAAUUAAUAAUGCAUUAAUGAAUGAUAAACCAAAGGCGCCAUUAUUUGAUAACGCCCUUAGACUCUAUGUUGUUCCUAAACAGGAUGUGGAUGGAUGGUUAGCACAAUGGAACAAGGAAACAGCUUUAGCUAGUCGUAGAUAG